AACAGGAGCUCGAAAACGAAAAAAUUAAAACUGGGCGUCCCAGCGUCUUUGAUAUAAAAACAGGCAAGUGAAGAACGUUAGAACGAUACUAACCGCCGGCUAAUCUCUCUUGCUGCUGCUGCUUUUUCCCAAUAUCUCCGAUGGCGAGUGAUUUGAAGAUUUGGGUUUCUGACAAAUUGAUGUCUCUUGUUAAUUACUCACAACCUACUCUCGUUCAAUACAUCAUUGGUCUCUCGAAGAAAGCUAAAUCGCCUGCUGAUAUUUCUGAGGCGCUCAAGGAUGAUUUAAGUGCUUGUUCUGUUGCGGAACUGCAGGCUUUUGCUCGUGAAUUGUUUGUUAAAGUCGAUAGGGGGAGGCCUGUGCCAAAUGCUUAUCUGCAACAAGAGAGGGAGGCAGCUAUGCUGGCGAAGAAGCAGAGUAUGUAUACGCUUUUGGAGGAUGAUGAUGUUGAUAAUGGUGGAGCGAGUGGUGUUGGUACUUCUGCAGUUUCUGAGUCCAAGACGAGGGAUUCGAAGAAGAAGCGGUUUAGGCAAAAGACUGAAGUUCAAGAUGACGAAGAUGAUGAGGUAGUUCUACCAAGGAAAGAUGACAGACGGGUUAAAAGACGGACUGCGCAGUCAGAAGACGAUUCUGAUUCUGAGGAAGAAAGACUGCGUGAUCAAAGAGAAAGGGAGGAAUUAGAGGAGCACUUAAGAGAACGGGAUGCAUCAGGGACAAGAAAGUUAACGGAGCAGAAAUUAUCACAGAAAGAGCAAGAAGAGGCAUUUAGGAGAUCUAAAGCAUUGGAGCAAGACGACACGGACGCUUUAAGAAAAGUUUCAAGGCAAGAGUAUCUGAAAAAGAGGGAGCAAAAAAAGCUAGAGGAAAUCAGAGAUGACAUUGAAGAUGAGCAGUAUCUUUUCGAGAAUGUAAAAUUGACUGAAGCUGAAUUACGUGAUCUAAGAUACAAGAAACAGAUAUAUGAUCUUGUAAAGAAGCAAACAGAAGAGGCCGACGACAUAGAUGAGUACAGAAUGCCAGAUGCUUAUGACCAGGAAGGUGGUGUAAAUCAGGAGAAGAGAUUUUCUGUGGCUGUGGAGCGUUACAGGGAUUUGAAUGCUACAGAGAAAAUGAACCCAUUCGCAGAGCAAGAAGCUUGGGAGGAUCAUCAGAUUGGUAAGGCAACAAUGAAAUUUGGCUCCAAAGAUAAAAAGCAUGACGACUAUGAGUUCGUCUUUGAAAAUCAGAUUGAAUUCAUACAAGAUGAAGUGAUGAAGGGUGAUAAUUAUGAUGGAGAGGCGUAUGGCGACUCACCUGAUGAAUCUAUUGCAAAAUCAGCAUUUGAGAAACUUCAGGCUGAUAGGAAAACUUUACCAGUGUAUCCAUAUCGGGAGAAGUUGCUUGAAGCUGUUAAUGAGCAUCAGGUUCUUGUUAUUGUUGGAGAAACUGGUUCUGGAAAGACUACGCAGAUACCUCAGUAUCUCCAUGAGGCUGGUUAUACAAAACGUGGAAAGAUUGGAUGUACCCAGCCUCGUCGUGUUGCUGCUAUGAGUGUUUCUGCUAGAGUGUCUCAGGAAAUGGGAGUUAAACUUGGACAUGAGGUUGGUUAUUCUAUUCGAUUUGAAGAUUGCACUUCUGAGAAAACAGUUAUCAAAUAUAUGACAGACGGAAUGUUGUUGCGAGAAUUUUUAGGGGAACCUGACCUUUCAAGUUACAGUGUGGUGAUGGUGGAUGAGGCUCAUGAGAGAACGCUAUCUACUGACAUUUUGUUUGGUUUAGUUAAGGAUAUAGCCCGGUUUCGUCCUGAUCUCAAGUUGCUUAUCUCUAGUGCCACUCUAGAUGCUGAGAAGUUCAGUGAUUAUUUUGACAGUGCUCCGAUUUUUAUAGUGCCGGGAAGGAGGUUCCCUGUUGAAAUAAAUUACACGAAAGCGCCAGAGGCGGAUUACUUGGAUGCAGCCAUCGUCACUGCUCUUCAAAUUCACGUGACUCAACCUCCUGGAGAUGGUGAUAUAUUGGUCUUUCUUACUGGGCAGGAGGAAAUCGAGACAGCUGAGGAGAUUCUUAAGCAUCGGACAAGAGGUUUGGGAACAAAAAUAGCAGAGCUGAUUAUAUGCCCAAUAUAUGCAAACCUUCCAACGGAGCUGCAGGCAAAAAUAUUUGAACGCACUCCUGAAGGUGCAAGGAAGGUUGUCCUGGCCACUAAUAUCGCAGAAACCUCAUUGACAAUCGAUGGGAUUAAAUACGUCAUUGAUCCAGGUUUUGUAAAGAUGAAAUCUUACAGUCCUCGUACUGGGAUGGAGUCAUUGCUGGUUACCCCUAUUUCAAAAGCAUCGGCAAAUCAGCGUGCUGGUCGAUCUGGUCGAACAGGUCCCGGAAAAUGCUUCCGACUCUAUACCUCACAUAACUAUUACAAUGACCUGGAAGAUAACACUGUCCCUGAAAUACAACGAACCAACCUUGCAAAUGUUGUUCUUAGUUUAAAGAGCCUUGGCAUUCAUGAUCUGGUGAACUUUGAUUUCAUGGAUCCACCGCCAGAAGCGUCUCUAUUGAAAGCUCUGGAGCUCCUAUUCGCAUUGAGUGCGCUUAAUAAAAAAGGCGAGCUAACGAAAGUUGGAAGGAAAAUGGCUGAGUUUCCUCUUGAUCCCAUGCUUUCCAAGAUGAUUGUUGCCUCUGACAAGUACAAAUGUUCCGAUGAGAUCAUAUCAAUUGCUGCGAUGCUUUCAAUUGGAAGUUCAAUCUUUUAUCGUCCGAAGGACAAACAGGUUCAUGCAGACAAUGCACGGAUGAACUUUCAUAUGGGUAAUGUUGGAGAUCACAUCGCAUUACUUAAGGUAUACAGUUCUUGGAAGGAAACAAACUUCUCAACUCAGUGGUGUUAUGAAAAUUAUAUCCAGGUCAGGAGCAUGAAGCGCGCUAGAGAUAUAAGAGAUCAGUUGGAGGGGUUACUGGAGAGGGUUGAAAUCGAAUUGAUGUCAAAUCCCGGUGACUUGGAAGCUAUACGGAAGGCCAUAACAUCAGGAUACUUUCCUCACUGUGCAAGAUUGCAGAAGAAUGGAUCUUACAGAACUGUAAAACAUCCUCAAACCGUUCAUAUCCAUCCGAGUUCAGGUUUAGCACAGGUACUCCCAAGAUGGGUUGUGUACCAUGAGUUGGUACUCACAACCAAAGAGUAUAUGCGGCAGGUGAGCGAACUCAAACCAGAAUGGCUGAUUGAAAUAGCUCCUCACUUUUACCAGCUAAAGGACGUUGAAGACACUGGAUCAAAGAAAAUGCCUCGUGGUGAGGGUCUUGCAUCUGACAUCAAGAAAUAGGAGGUGAACUGACUGCUGUACAUAUAAUUUUUGCUAAUCAGAGACUUUUUAUAGACAGUGAGAGUAAUUGAUUCUUAGCUUUGACGUAGAUAUGAGUAUCAGUGAUAUGUCUGUACAAUAUGUAUUCUAGGAAACUAAUUACAGUUUUAUGUUGGGCCUUGAUUCACCUAUGUAGCAUUCACCAAAUUUGUCGGAGGAAGAAUCAUGAAUUAAUACUCUGCAUAAUAUAUAGCUCGACUUCCUCGUUUUAAAUACAAGAAGUGGUUAUAUACUGAUAUUAUAUGUUUGUUGAUGGGA